AUGUCCAAGGGUAAAGUUUGUCUAGCAUAUUCCGGUGGUUUGGAUACCUCCAUUAUUCUAGCGUGGUUGCUAGAACAAGGCUACGAAGUGGUUGCUUUCAUGGCCAACGUGGGUCAAGAAGAAGACUUCGAAGCUGCUGAAAAGAAGGCACUUGCAAUUGGUGCCACCAAGUACGUUUGUGUCGACUGCAGAGAGGAUUUCGUUACUAAAGUUCUUUUCCCUGCCGUUCAGGUUAACGCUGUCUACGAGGACGUGUACCUAAUGGGUACCUCCCUUGCUAGACCUGUGAUUGCCAAAGCCCAAAUUGACGUUGCUGAAAAGGAGGGCUGUUUCGCCGUUGCCCAUGGUUGCACCGGUAAGGGUAACGACCAAAUUCGUUUCGAACUCGGUUUCUACGCCUUGAAGCCCGACGUCAAGGUGAUUGCUCCAUGGAGAGAUCCUACUUUCUUCGAGAGAUUCGCUGGUAGAAAGGACUUGUUGGACUACGCGGCCGAAAAGGGUAUCCCUGUAACUCAGACCAAGGCCAAGCCAUGGUCCACCGACGGAAACCAGGCUCACAUCUCGUAUGAGGCUGGUAUCUUGGAAGAUCCAGACACCACUCCUCCAAAGGACAUGUGGAAAUUGAUCACCGAUCCUCAAGACGCUCCAGACAAGCCAGAAAAUUUGACCAUUGAGUUCAAGAAAGGCCUGCCUGUCAAGUUGUCCUACGAAGAAAAUGGUGAACAAAAGGUGGCCACUGAGCCCCUAGACGUCUUCUUGACUGCUUCUAAAUUGGCAAGAAGAAACGGUGUAGGCAGAAUCGACAUCGUCGAGAACCGUUACAUCAACCUAAAGUCGAGAGGGUGUUAUGAGCAGGCUCCUCUAACUCUAUUGAGAAGAGCCCACGUCGACUUAGAAGGUUUGACCUUGGACAAGGAGGUUCGUCAUUUGAGAGACCAAUUCGUCACUCCUACCUACUCCAGACUAAUGUACAACGGUUCUUACUUCACUCCAGAGUUUGAAUACGUCAAGAGCAUGAUUGCCCCAUCUCAAACUACCGUUAACGGCCAAGUCAGACUCAGCCUGUACAAGGGUAACGUCAUAGUAUUGGGUAGAUCUUCUGAAACCGAAAACUUGUAUGACCCAACCGAGUCGUCCAUGGACGAGCUAACUGGCUUCCUACCAACAGACACUACCGGUUUCAUCGCCAUCCAAGCCAUCAGAGUUAAGAAGUACGGUGAAGCCAAGAAGGUCAGAGGUGAAGAGCUAACAUUGUGA